AUGUUCACUCUUCCACUCAUUCUGGCUGCUGGCAGCCUUCCCCUCAUUUCUGGGGCUCCAGUCGCAUACACCCACGGUCACUCUCACUUUCACUCUCGUGCUGCAGAUGUAGCCCAAGUCAACGAGCUCGCGUCCCACCACUCCCUUGCGGGACGCGGCAGCAAUCUCUACGCUUCGGUCUUUGGUGGUAACGGACAGGUUUCAGAUGGAUGGCCCGCCAUGUCCCACUGGGUGUCGAGCUUUGAUGAUCUCUUCGAGAGCAACAAGGCGAUCAUGGGCUCUUCUUGCUCCCAGUGGGGCGUUCCCGACACCACUGAGAGCGAAAUGGCCGACAUGAAGAGCGCCAUCACCAAGAUUGCUGGCGAGUCUGGUGUCGAUGCUCGCUUCAUUCUGGCUAUCAUCAUGCAGGAAAGCAACGGUUGCGUGCGCGUGCACACUACCAACAAUGGUGUCGUCAAUCCUGGUCUCAUGCAAUCCCACAACGGCAAGGGCAGCUGCAAUACCGGCAUCAAUGCCCCCGAGAAUGUCCAAAACCCUUGCCCCGCCUCCGAGAUCGAGCAGAUGAUCCGUGAUGGUACCAUGGGGACGGCCGACGGCGAUGGUUUGAAGCAGCUCCUUGCGCAGAACGGCGGUACCGACGACGUCACGGCCUACUACAAGGCCGCCCGCUGCUACAACUCCGGAUCUAUCGCUGCCAAUGGAAACCUCGGCGCUGGCAUCGCGACUCACUGCUAUGCCUCCGACAUUGCCAAUCGUCUCCUCGGCUGGGCCGCGGGCACCAGCAGCUGCAACGACAACACGAUCGGCUCGCUCACCGGCUCCAACUGGAGUGGCAGCUCGUCCUCGGGUAGUUCCAGCACCAUGACAACCGCCUUGACCAACCCUACCGGUGUGACCACCGUCCUGCCCGAGCCUGCGGCACCAACUAGCACCAGCACCAGCUCAGUCCCCGCCGUUGUUCCCACAGAAGUUCCCUCUGCCGUCACCUCUAACCCUGCACCCACUGCCGAUCCUGCUGUGACCUCCACUGUGACCAUCGCUCCUGCUCCCACUGCCCCGGCCGCGACCUCGGCUCCAAACCCGAUCCCGAUCGUAACCUCGAGCCCGGCUGCGACUUCGUCCUCGACCUCCACCACUCCAACCACCAACCCUACCACGUCGGAGGUCCCACUAUACCCAUAUGCGAUCACCACUUGUCAGCAGUGGUACUCGGUUGUCGAGGGUGACUACUGCCUGAAGGUGGAGCAGCAGUUCGGCAUCUCUGCAUCGGAUCUUCAAGACUGGAACACUGGUCUGGAUGACGCUUGCACAAACCUCUGGAAGGGAUACAAGUACUGUGUCAAGGCUUGA